AUGGCUGGGACAGGUGGAAAUGUAGAGUCUCAUGUCAUCUCGGAUGCCGUCGAACCCAUCCAUAGAAGGCUCGACCAGAUGAAUAAAACACUGGUUCAGGUGAUGGAUAAUUCCAGGAUUCACGGUCUAGAGCAACGGAUCGACUCUGAUUCCCAAGCAAGUGAGCAUCGACAGAGGUCCAGCCAUCCUGAGCGGUCAACGGUUGAAAGUACGCACUGGAACCAUCCUUUCAAUGACUUACAAUUGUACGACCAGAUUCCGAUCUCAUGGGACCGUGAGGAUGAACUUGAAGACCCGGAGCACUUCGAAUUGCCGCCUUUACGCACGAACAACGACUUCACCAACCUCACCGAUUAUCAAUUGGAUGAUUAUCUUUAUUACUACCAAAUUGACGUUGAUGACCAAAGUACCAGGGAGACGAAAAUGCAUUGCCUCCGAUACUUUAUUAUUGGUCGUUCGAAGUCUUGUCAUGCCGCGUCUGACCCAGUAUAA